AUGGCAUCUAAUAUUGGUUUAGCCACAGCGUUCAAUGUCGCUAUCGGAUUCUCAGCCAUUCUCGGAAACGGUUUGGUGAUUUUCGUCAUGACGGUCAGACGUGAACAGUUCAGCUCCUUCACAAACCGACUUAUCCGUCACCAAUCCAUCAUCGACUUCAUCUGUGGUCUGGUGUUCCUCGCAGUGACUGGAGUCAGACAGAGUUCGCUUUUCGAAAAUGUGGACGAAAAUUUCAUGGGCGAAAUGUUAUGUAGGCUUAUCUACUCUAACUGUAUCGUGCUAGGCUUAAGUGUGACGUCCACGUACAAUCUAGUUCUGAUAUCGCUUGAGCGUUUUAUUGCCACGUGCUAUCCGGUCAAACACCGCAACUACUGCUCACUCUUCAAGAUCAAAGUUUCAAUGUAUGCUGUUUGGGUCAUCGGUUUUACGUACGCGCUAGUUUUCCUUUGUGUAUACAAAGUCAGUGAAAAUCAGUGUAGUUUCAACCAUGAUAUGGGAAGUGUUGCUGAGGCAACGCUGUUCUGUCUAAGUUUUGUGGUGGAGUAUGCUAUUCCUGUGACACUCAUCUCGUUUUCAUACAUAAAAAUACUCCUCGUUCUUCGACAAAAACUUGACAAUGCUAACGCCGAUCAGCAAGAUGGUGUCUUCAGUAAGGCUAAGAGAAACGUCAUAAUGACGAUGCUGAUCGCUGGUUGCAUGUUCUUCAUUUGUUGGACGCCUGUUGAGUUGAUGCGUUUACUGUUAACCAGCAAUGUCGUAACGACUAAAACGCCUCAAGUUGGAUACGUUCUCGGGGCAUUUACUGAGUUAGUCAUGUGUAACAUAAGUGUGAAUCCAGUCGUUUAUUGCUACAAGUACGACCAUUUCCGCACACAGCUCAAGCAACUUGUACGGAGCCGAUUUGGUCGAAGCCGAGUGCGUCCUGGAGAGGCCGAUGGGCCGACCUUGUCCGUACCCGAUUCGCGCGGAACAGCACCGGUGAAUUUAGAUUGA